GAAAGUCAGGUGUUUUCAAAUUACUGGCAUCCCUGACGAAGUAUGAAGUUUGACAUCGCGGCCGCGAGGACAUGCAGGUUUCUUCCUCAGUUGAAACUGUUUGCGGAGUCAAUCUUAUUAAAAUCGAUUUCGUUGCUUUUAAAUAGAGAAUUCUAAACGGCUCGCAAGGUUAUAAACGGCAGGAAAAGAAUGACUGAUGUAAAAGUCCAGCACGGGUGUGAAACGGAGAACUGCAAGAAUGUGGCCACUCUUCAGUGCCCGGUAUGCCUCAAAAUGGGAAUCCAAGGAUCAUUCUUCUGCAGCCAGGACUGCUUUAAAGGAUCCUGGAAGGCACACAAAGUUAUCCAUCUUCUAGCGAAGGGAAACGGCGAUAAGGAUGCAUACAAUCCGUGGCCUUAUUUUACAUUUACGGGAAAGUUACGACCAUUUCCACAAUCGCCGCUGAGAACAGUCCCUCCUAAAAUACCACGUCCUGAUUAUGCGGAUCACAAGGAAGGCCGCUCAAAGUCUGAGGAGGCAGUUCGUGGUAACACAUCCAUUAAAAUCCUGGAUGACGAAGAAAAGGAAGCGAUGCGUGUCGCAUGCCGCUUAGGGCGAGAAGUUUUGGAUGAAGCAGCUCGUGUUUGCGAUGUCGGCGUUACAACGGAUGAAAUUGAUCGGAUUGUACAUGAGGCCUGUAUCGAGCGUGAUUGUUACCCGAGUCCUUUGAACUAUUAUAACUUCCCAAAGUCAUGCUGUACCUCUGUGAAUGAGGUAAUUUGUCACGGUAUCCCGGAUAUGCGCCCACUUGAGGAUGGUGACAUCUGCAACGUGGAUGUGACCGUAUACUUUCAGGGAUUUCAUGGAGAUUUGAACGAAACCUUUUUUGUGAGCAACGUGAAAGACGAACACAAAAAGCUGGUGCAGGUUACUUAUGAAGCCUUGUCGAAGGCAAUCGCGAUUGUCAAACCAGGUGAGCGCUAUCGAGAAAUAGGCAACGUUAUACAAAAGCACGUUCAUGCUCAUGGUUACAGUGUGGUCAAAAGUUAUUGCGGCCACGGAAUACAUCGGUUGUUCCAUACUACCCCUAACGUGCCACAUUAUGCUAAAAACAAUGCGGUUGGGGUCAUUAAACCCGGUCAUUGUUUUACUAUCGAGCCAAUGAUUUCGGAAAAAUCAUGGAGAGACGUUUCCUGGCCUGACGAUUGGACCGCUGUUACGGCCGACGGUUUCUACUCAGCUCAAUUUGAGCAGACGCUGUUGGUCACCGAAACUGGCUGCGAUAUACUUACUCAGCGGCGAAAUGCAAACGGACAACCGCAUUUUAUGGAUAAACUCUAACCAAUGUUUGUGCUACAGCUAAAGCUGUUUUAAAAAGGACUGUUUUGUAUUUUUUUACAUAGUGGUAUAACAUUAGCAGUUUUUUUUUAACUUGAAAUAACCCAAACGAAAAAAAAUGUUCUUUUUAUUGAAAGUUGAAACUAGCAGCUUAUAUCAAACACGAUUACUUCUAUUA